UCCCUGUAGUUGUAGUAGAUCAAAUUCUAUGAUCUUCGUCGAUGCGCCCCCUCCCCUCCCUGCUGUGAGAUCAGUCCGCUGCUGCUGUUGAAGGCUCCACCGCUGGAGGCUCCAGCUGCUGCGACACUCGCUCGCUCUGUACCCGAGCAUGGAGCAGCUGCAGCCGCCACUUCUCAACGGAGAAGAUCUGGAAGAGGAGAGAGAUGCAGAGAGCUCGGAGUCCACGAAGAAGAAGAGGAGGAGGAAGAAGAGGAGCAGAGUGUCAGCAGGGACGAACGAGGCUGAGGGGGAUGAGGGUGAAGCCGGAGGUGUUGGUGAUGUGAGAAAAGAGUUGGAGCAGCAAACGCUGGAAGACAGAGGAAGAGAGGAGGAUGGAGAAGAAGAGGGAGAGGAUGGAGAGAACGCAGCUGAGAAAAAGAAAAAGAAGAAGAAAAAGAAAAAAACUUCGAAGGGACAGACUGACCCUCCCUCAAUCCCUAUUUGUGAGCUCUAUCCCAACGGAGACUUUCCAAAAGGAGAGGAGUGUGAAUAUCCGCCGUCCAAAGACGGGCGCAGCGCCGCGUGGCGGACCUCCAGUGAGGAGAAGAGAGUGCUUGACAAGGCAAAUGAGGAGAUGUGGAAUGACUUCAGACAGGCUGCUGAAGCCCACCGACAGGUUCGCUCCUACGUCAGGAGCUGGAUCCAGCCUGGGAUGGCGAUGAUCGACAUCUGCGAGAGACUUGAGAACUGCUCCCGGAGGCUCAUCAAGGAAAACGGACUCAAAGCAGGACUGGCCUUCCCCACGGGCUGCUCCAUCAACCACUGUGCUGCUCACUACACCCCUAAUGCUGGAGACCCCACAGUGCUGCGCUACGACGACGUCUGCAAGAUCGACUUUGGGACGCACAUCAAUGGUCGAAUAAUAGACUGUGCCUUCACUGUCACCUUCAAUCCAAAGUUUGAUGGGCUGCUGGAAGCUGUGAGGGAUGCAACAAACACUGGCAUCAAGUUUGCAGGAAUUGACGUGCGUCUGUGUGACGUUGGAGAAACCAUCCAGGAGGUCAUGGAGUCGUACGAGGUGGAGAUUGAUGGAAAAACGUAUCAAGUGAAGCCAAUAAGGAACCUCAAUGGUCACUCCAUCGGCCCCUACAGGAUACACUCAGGAAAGACCGUCCCCAUUGUGAAAGGCGGGGAAGCCACGCGGAUGGAGGAAGGGGAAGCGUACGCUAUCGAGACGUUCGGCAGCACCGGAAGAGGGGCAGUGCACGAUGACAUGGAGUGCUCUCACUACAUGAAAAACUUCAAUGUUGGACAUGUCCCCAUCAGACUUCCAAGGGCUAAACAUCUCCUCAAUGUGAUCAAUGAGAACUUCGGCACUCUGGCCUUUUGCCGUCGCUGGCUGGACCGCUUGGGCGAGAGCAAGUACCUGAUGGCGCUAAAGAACCUGUCGGACCUCGGCAUCAUCGACCCCUAUCCUCCUCUCUGUGAUAUCAAGGGCAGCUACACGGCCCAGUACGAGCACACCAUCCUUCUCAGGCCCACGUGCAAGGAGGUCGUGAGUCGAGGGGACGACUACUGAGUGGGUGCAAAGAAAGAGACCAGAAAGGUUCUCAGUAUUCUCUGCUUUAGUACCUCAGAUUAUCCUAGCAAUAGCCGAAUAACCGAUGAAGGCCAUGUCUAGUCUCCAUUUUAGUCUCAUGAGCUUGUUUCUGAAAACAAUAUGCAAAUGAAAAUUAUGCAAACAACCAUGCAAAAAAGGUAAUUAUGGUGCAUAUCUCGCCAAAAGUGAAAUGGUGUCAUUGCUUUGUUGAGAGGAUAAAGAUAUAAACUCUCCAGAGGUAUUUAUAUUUCUAUAUUUAUUUGCGCUGUUUUCAUUUGAGCAGGUUUGUAAUAAAGCAAACUCUCGAUUGUUCUUUGUUUCACCGUGUGAAUGCAUGUCUCCCUCCAUCACCCAGAUGUGCCAAAGACCAGCUGGUCUAUCUAUAGUCCCAUUUCACUGAAAGUUUUGAUCGAGAAAAUUCACACGG